CACGCGCGCGAUGCCGGAGCAGAGCAAGAGGCAGCGAGGCCGCAAGCGCACGGCGGCGGCGACGCUGCUCCUCGCGUACGCGGCCCUGGCCAUGGAGCGCGCCGACGCAGCGCUGCUCCCAGCGGUGUACAGGGAGAUUGGCGCCGCGCUGCAGGCCUCGCCCACCGCGCUAGGCUCCAUCGCGCUCUCCCGCUCCGUCGUGCAGGCCGCGUGCUACCCGCUCGCCGCCUACCUGGCCGCCCGGCACGACCGCCUCACCGUCAUCGCCCUCGGCGCAUUCCUCUGGGCCGCUGCCACCUUGCUAAUAGGCCUCUCCACCACCUUUGCGCAGAUGGCCGUGACGGCGGCGUUGAACGGCGUCGGGCUGGCGCUGCAGAUCCCGGCGAUCUUCGCCUUCGUCGCGGACUCCGUCGACGGCACGAACAGGGGCAUGGCCUUCGGGUGGCUCAUGGUGGCCAGCAAGGCCGGCACCGUGGGCGGCACCACCCUUGGCCUACUCAUGGCGCCCACCUCGUUCUUUGGUGUUCCGGGUUGGCGGCUCGCCUUCCUCCUGCUCGCCGCCGUGGGGGCGGCGGUCGGCUUGUCCAUCCGUGCGUUCUCGGCCGCCAGCAAGGCCGCUGUCCGGGCCGCCAAGCCGGUGCGGCAAGAGCUGCAGGACUUCGCGAGGGAGGCGAAGGCCGUGCUACGGAUCCCGUCGUUUCAGGUCAUCGUCGCGCAGGGACUCACGGGUUCGUUCCCCUGGUCCGCGCUGUCCUUCACGGCUAUGUGGCUCGAGCUAGUCGGCUUCUCCCACGGCAAGACGGCGGCGCUGAUGACCCUGUUCAAGGUCGCCACGUCGCUGGGCGGCCUCUUCGGCGGCAAGAUGGGGGACGUCCUCGCCGGAAGGCUCAAGAACUCGGGCCGCAUCAUCCUCGCGCAGAUCAGCGCCGGCUCGGCGAUCCCCCUCGCCGGCGUCCUGCUGCUCGCGCUCCCGAACGAGCCGGCGACUUUCGCCCACCACGGCGCCGCGCUGUUCGUCAUGGGCUUCAUGGCUUCCUGGAACACCUCGGCCACGAACAGCCCGAUACUGGCCGAGAUCGUGCCGCCGCGGUCGAGGACGAGCGUGUACGCGCUGGACCGGACGUUCGAGGCCGUGCUCGCCUCGUUCGCUCCCCCGGUGGUCGGCAUGCUCGCCGAGCGCCUCUAUGGCUACAAGCUGGUGCGCUCAGCUGUGAGCGGCGCAGAGCACGCGGCCUCCGUCGAGACGGACCGGCACAACGCGACCUCCCUCGCCAGGGCCCUGUACACCGCGAUCGCCAUCCCCAUGGCGCUGUGCUGCCUCGUCUACUCGUUUCUGUACUGCACCUAUCCCAGAGACAGAGACCUGGCGCGGGCUGAGACGGCGCGAGAUGGAGGUGGAGCCCGUCCCGGCGGCGAGGGGUCCGACACCGAGGAUGAAGGGGAGGAGGAGAGGGAGCUGCUGCCACAGUGAGCGUCGUUUGACUUACUAGUUGUGUUUUAUCUUUUUUGAGGGAUUGACUGAUUACAACCAGUAUUGUACACACACAC